UGGCUGAUAGGAGACAGGGAGACCCACUGUGGGAUCAUCUGUUCCAGGACACAGGGCAAGCCGGUGUGUGGCUCUGAUGGACGGAGCUACGAUACCGGCUGUGACCUGCAGAGGGCGCGUUGCAAGGACCGUUCUCUGACGCUGGCACACCGCGGACGAUGUCGAGGUAAAAACUCGGUGAGGAUUGACCAGCUUCCAGUAGUUCCUGCUCCAACAUCAGUCUCAGAGGGGAAGAACCUGGAACUGGAAGAUGGAGGCCAGUCCAAGUGCAGGGUGGAGAGGAAUCAGGCUCUGGAGCAGGCUAAGAGACCUCAGGAGUCCAUCUUCAUCCCAGAAUGCAACGAGGACGGAACCUUCGCCCAGGUGCAGUGUCACACUCUGACAGGAUACUGCUGGUGCGUCACCACCGACGGCAAACCAGUCAGCGGUUCCUCCGUGCACAACAGGACCCCUGUGUGUUCAGGAAACUUCCGUGAAUUUAUGGGAACUCAUGCUGGGACAAGUGACAAGUUGUCAGGGUCAGUAACUGAUAAACCAUCUGGACCUCCUAGUUCCGGGAGAAAAGUCUCUUUCCGUUUCUUUCUCACUCUCAACCCAGAUGAUGGCUCCAAGCCCACGCCCACCAUGGAGACCCACGCACUGCCAGAUGGGGAUG